AUGAAGAUAAGUAUCGUGGCAUUCCCUUUACUUAUGAUUGCUCUCAGAAGCAAAUCUACCAAUGCUCAUAAAACAAAUAAUUUGGAAGCCCAAAUUAAUUAUGGUAUUAUAAAUAAUUAUAACGAAUUGUUAAAAGUAGCAAAAUGCCAAUAUUGCUUAACUACCACCAAUCCUGUUGAAGAAGAAAAUUGUGAUGAAAUAAUGGAAGAAUGUAGAGGAUUGUUAAGCAAUAAAGACCUUGGAUUUUUAUUAAAAGCCAUAACAGAUGAGUCUAUGCAUAAUAAAUCUCAAUAUAUUCAUGGAAAACAUAGUAAUACAUUAAGAAGAAUUAUUAAAGUUUUAGAAGCACAAAAAAAAAAUAUUGAAUCAGUAAAAAAUAUUGUACGUGAUAUUAAAAAAAGUGGUAAUACACAGUUAAGAAGUAGUGGUACAAGUAUUUCAGAUUUAGAUAAAUUAAACACAAGCAUUAAAAAUAUAAAAAAAGGUUUCCAAUUUUUAAAUGAUAAUUACAGCACAAUUAAUAAACACAUAAAUAUACCAAGUGGUGAUAUGAAUAAAAUUUAUAAAAGAAUAGUAAACACAAAUAAUUUUGAUGGGUUAUCAAAAUCACAAGAAAAAAUUUGUUCAAAUGAAGACGACACCAAUGUAGGUAUUGAUGAUAUUAUAAAAUCAAGUGUUCAAGAUAUUUUUGAUGAGGGAGAAAAUAUAAUGAAUGUAGUUAAAACUGUUUUAGUACAAGAAAGUGAUGGAAUUGGAAAUGAAUUAGCAGGGUUAAUUGAAAAAGGAAAAGAAAUCGGAGAACAAAUUGUAAAUAUUGAAGGAUUGUUAUCUCCAAAAAAUGGAUUAUUUAGUGGCGGUUUACCAUCAUUAAAUAAGUUGUAUGAAUUUACAAGUAAUUUAUCAUCUUAUGAAUAUUUGUUAGUUAAGCUCAAAGAUUCAAUAAUAUCAAAAUUAAAAGACAUAUUAUUAAGAUUGUUAUAUAAAUCAUAUAUAACUUACAGAAAAAAUAAAUCAAUUGAGUUAGGAGAAGAAGAAAUACCAAUGGUUAGCAAGGAUGAAUAUUUAGAUGAAUUAAAAAAAGGUGUAAUACAAUUAAGUAUGAAAUUAUUAUAUAGCAAAAUCAAAAGGUUAUUAAUUAAAAUUAAAAACAAAAUGUCCCGUAAAAAGAAAACGGAAAAUAUUCCUGACCCAUUACCAGUUGAAUCCUCAAUUUAUGAUUAUGAUGAUGACGAUGCAAUUGUCGACGAUACAGCUGAUGAUGAUGCAGCUGAUGAUGAUGUAGCUGAUAAUGAUAAAUUUAUUUCAUUUAAUAAAUCCUCGUCACAUAUGAAAUUAUUCAGAGGUAUUUUGCCCCAGAAAAAAUCUAUUGUAUCUACCAUCGAUAAGAUGAUUAGUGAAAUCGAUUUAUAUGAACAAGGAUUAUAUACUGAUACACAUGCAGAUUAUGAAAACGAUGAAAUCUUAUCUACUGUCGAAGGUAUGGAUGAAACAGAAUCUGAUGAAGCUGAAUUGUCAAAUGAGUGUGUUCAGAAAAUUAUCGAUGAAAACAUUGCCGUAGAAGCUAUCAACAAUUUACUUAAAGUCGAUGAAUCUGCAGUAGAGGAAAGGGAAAAUGUAAAUGAUUCAGAAAAUAAAUCAAAUAAUUCAUCCAUUGACAUUGAAAAGGGUGCUAGUACUCCUAGUGACAUUUCAGAAAUUCCUAACAUCAUAAAAAAAAUCGUUAUAUAUGUUAUAAAAGAAAGAAUAUAUGAUUUAGCAGAAGAAUUAUCAGACAAUAAACUCGAGGAUGAAUCUAAAACAUCAACACCUUCAAACAAUAUAAUCCUAGAAGAUACACCAGCUCCAAACCAAGCAUAA